AUGUCUCUUUGUUCGGUGUUGCUGAAGGCUUGGGUAUCACACAAGGUGGAUAUAGUGGAUCUCAUGUUAGAGGAUGAGGGAGAGAACUUGGAGGAGGACACAUCGUAUGAGGAGGAUUCGUCUUUGGACAAGGAGGACCCCACUACGGAGCGUAAGAUUGUGAUACUAUCCCCAGAUGCAGAUCCCCCUAUUGUUAGAAUGAUGGAUUACAAUAAAUAUAAAUAUGAACAGCAAAAGAAGAAAAAGGGACAGCCGAAAAGAAGUGCUGCUAAUCGGAUGGAUUUGAAGGGGCUCAAUAUGGGAUACAACAUAGAUCAACAUGAUUAUUCUCUGCGGUUGAAAGCUGCGCAGAGGUUUUUGAAAGAUGGUGUUAAAGUUGUAGUGAACCUCAAAGGCCGUGAAAAUGAAUUCAGGAAUAUUGCUAUUGAGCUUAUUAAACGUUUCCAGAGUGAUGUUGGGGAGCUUGCAACAGAAGAGACUAAAAGCUUUCGUGACAGAAACAUCUUCAGAGUUAUGGUUCCAAAGAAAGCCACUCUACAGAAAGCUCAAGAACCACCGAAGAGAAAAGACAAGUCAGCAGUAGAUGAAGUCUCCGCUGGUGUCCAACAUAACUGAAAACUUUCGUAGAAUUGACUCAGGUCAGGGUGGCUUACAUUCUUUUCAAGGAAUCCCGUUAGCUUAACCAAUCAUUUAUGGAAGUUCUUCAUAAUUGUUAUUGAAUAAUGGUUGAAGUUGAUAGUAAUAUUAAUGCUAUUCAAUUACAGUGCAUGUCCUUAAAUCAAGAAGUACUGUCCCGA